AUGAAAAGGAUCAAACAACUAUAUAAUUUUAUUAGCAUAAGAAAUGCACUUUUCUCUGAAGUGGGCAUUGGGAUCUCAGCCAACACCGUCCUUCUUCUCUUCCACAUCUUCACAUUCCUUCUCCAGCACAGGAUAAAACCCACUGACCUCAUCAUUGGUCUCUUGGCCCUAAUAAACCUAGGGAUGCUGAUAAUCAUGGGGUUCAUAGCUACAGAUGUUUUUGUGUCUCAGAAUGUUUGGGAUGGCAUAAAAUGUAAAUCAUUCAUCUACUUGUACAAGGUUUUGAGGGGCUUCUCCAUUUGUGCCACCUGCCUGCUGAGUGUCCUCCAGGCCAUCAUCCUUAGCCCCAGAAGAUCCUGCUUGGCAAAGUUUAAACACAAAUCUCCACAUCAGAUCCUGUGGUCCCUUUUGUUCCUGUGGGUCUUCUACAUGUCCUUUAGUGCUCACUUCUCAUUCUCUUCUACUGACAUCGACAAUGUGACAUCACAUGGUCUUGAAUUUAUUACUGAAUUCUGCAUGAUUUUACCAAUGAGUUACUUCCUCAGGCAUUUAUUUUCCAUAUUAGGUGCAUUGCGGGAUGUCUUUCUUAUAGGGCUCAUGGCCCUCUCCAGUGGGUACAUGGUGACUCUCUUAACCAGGCAUAAGAGGCAGUGCCAGCACCUUAACAGUACCUGCCUUUCUCCAAAAGCAUCCCCUGUACAGAGGGCCACCUGGACCAUCCUGCUGCUCAUGGGUUUCUUUGUGCUCAUGUACUGUUUGGACUGCAUCUUCUCAUCCUCAAGAUUUAUGUGGAACAACGACCCUGUUUGUAAUUCUAUCCAGAUAAUGGUUGCCAAUGGCUAUGCCAUGACAAGUCCCUUCAUACUCCUCUUUAAUGAAAAACAUAUUCUUAACUUACUGAAACCUUUUAGGGGGAAGAUAGCACAUAUUUAUCUACAUGAUGGAUAA